AUGAAUUCAUUUAGUUUUAUCCUGUUCGUGGCGUUGUCUUCGGUGGCGAAUGCUGGAUUUUCUAGUAGCGGAUACGAUGGAGGACAGGGCGGUGACCAGGGAGGACAUCUGGAUAUUAGCGGCGGAGGUGGAGGUGGUGAACACUAUGAUUUGGGUUCUGGAGGACACACUGAGGAGCAUCACGAAAUUCCCACUAAGACCAUCGAGUAUACAAAACCGGUGCAUGUACCAGUUGUGAAGAAGAUCGGUAUUCCCGUUCCUCAUCCGGUGGGAGUACCAGUACCUCAAGUUAUUAAAGUCCCGGUACCACAACCGUACCCAGUCCAUAUCCCGGUACCUCAACCAAUCGCUGUACCUAUUUAUAAACUGGUACCACAAGAGAUCGAGAAGAAAAUACCUAUUACCGUCGAGAAGCCAGUCCCAUAUCCGGUAGAAAAGCCCUAUAAAAUCGAAAUCGAGAAACAUCAUCCAGUCCAUAUACCAAAACCGUACCCAGUUCAUGUUCCAGUUUACAAGCACGUCUAUCACCACGUACCAAAGCACGGAGGCGGCGGUGGCGGUCAUGGCUGGCACUGA